GUCCGUGCGAGUCAUUGUGCCUUGUGGUGUGACCCACACACGAGUUUGCGCCACUUCGCUCCAUCCCCCGUACCAACCACCCCAUCGCCAUGAGCAGCGCCAAGCAGUCGGUCAUGAAUCGCCAGUCAUCAUUCUCCUCCAGCGCCAUUGCCCACAAAUGCCAGCUCACCACGAACCGGCAGCCCAAGAAGGUGUGCCUGGUCGGGUCGGGCAACUGGGGCUGCGUGAUUGCCCGUAUCAUCGCGGCAAACAUGGCCGCGAGCCCGGAUGUGUUCGACCCACUCCUGAAGAUGUGGGUGUUUGAAGAAAUUGUGAAUGACCGUAAGCUGUCCGAGAUCAUCAACACGGACCACGAAAACGUCAAGUACUUACCGGGAUACAAGUUGCCAACAAACGUGGUGGCUGUGCCAGACCUGAAAGAGGCCGUCGCCGGCGCCGAUGUGCUCAUUUUCUGCGUACCGCACCAAUUUCUCGGCAACAUGCUGUCGCAAAUCAAGGAACAGGGCCUCGUCCACGACUGCAUUGGGGUUUCAUUGAUCAAAGGGAUUGAUUUCGACGAUGCAGGCGUGGUGUUAGUGUCGAGCAUCAUUCAAAACGCCCUCAACAUUGACUGCAGCGUCCUCAUGGGGGCGAACGUGGCCAACGAAAUCGCGGCCGGCGACUUUUGCGAAUCCACGCUAGGGUGCAAUGACUUGCGACACGGUGCGUUUCUUCAAGAACUGUUCCAUACCCAUCGUUUCCGCGUCAACGUUGUCCUGGAUCCACACGGCGUCGAGCUGUGCGGUGCACUGAAAAACGUGGUGGCGCUCGGCGCGGGCUUUUGCGACGGCCUCGGGUACGGCGGCAACACCAAGGCAGCAAUCAUUCGGCUCGGGCUGAUUGAGAUGAAGAAGUUUUGCUACCGCUUCUUCGACGGCAUCAAGGAAGACACGUUCUUUGAGAGCUGCGGCGUCGCGGACUUGAUCACGACGUGCUUUGGGGGGCGGAACCGCAAGUGCGCCGAGCUGUUUGUGAAAGACAAGGGUGUGACGUGGGACGAGAUGGAGGCGACGGUGCUGAACGGUCAGAAGCUUCAAGGCACGUGGACAGCCAAGGAAGUGUACCGCAUCAUCGAAAAGACCAACGCGUUGCCGGAAUUCCCCCUGUUUGUUGCCAUCUACCGCAUAGCGUUUGAAGGCGCCGACGCGUCAUCGCUUGUCGACGUCUAAGCACUUGCAAGCGUCGAUCGAUUCCAUUAAUAUUAAGUUUCCAGCAAAUCCCGACGGCGUUCGCUGCAGUGACAUGGCCACGUGCUCAUUGCCCAGACACGAACAAGUUCGC